GCUUGUUAUUACUAUAGCAACGACUCGGUGCUUCAGUGACGUAUUUAUUCUGCGACGUGCAAUUGCCACGUCAACUUCAAGAGACUCGUGUGUUUGUUUUGUUGUUGGAGCAACUUUAGCUGACAUUUCUGAUGCGCAUUUGAAUUCGUAGCAUUUCAGCUAACACUGACAAUUAGCAAACAUGCUAACGACGGAGGACUAUACGCACUUCCCGGUCCAGAUGUGGGAGAGGGUGCUCUCGAAAGUGAAGAAAGCGGUUAUUUUUAUGGAUGACAAGUGUGCAGAGUCUCUCCACUGGUGCGGAGGUGCUGCCGUCUUACUAGAGGCUGGAGCUAGGAAUCUAAAGCAGUUUUCAAGCUUCGAAGCCUGUGGGGUGAACGAACCGAAAGCUGUGUUUGUGGUGAGCACGUUGUUAAAGGGAACAACGGUGGAGAUCAUUAAAGACAUCAUCUCCCUCAGUCACUUCCAGUACUGUGUUGUCAUCACCACUGUUGCUCACUCUGUGCACCUGCUAGCCAACAAUGUCGCCACAGAAAUGGAAGGCAGCCCUGUGUUUGAGCAGUUUGAAGAAAAGCUGUGCGAGUGGAUGGGAAACAUGAACUACACAGCGGAAGUCAUGCACGUCCCAGUGGUGUUCGCCCCGGUGUCCCAGCAGCUACUCCUCACGCCCAUGUUUGCACACCUGUUUCCCUUGCUCCCACCUGAUCUGGAGUCAAUAAAUGCAAAACGUCCAGAGAAGAAGAGGUUUGGAAGCUUGCUCGACGUGGACAUGAACUCUCUUCCUGUUGAACUACAGUUUGAAAUCAAAUCUCUGGCUUCGGUGUUAAACUCAGUGUUUGAAGCUACAGGCACCAGAGAAGAGAGUUUCGCUGUGGGUCCCAUGAGCCGCAUAAUAGCAGGGGAACUGUCCAAUCACCCCCAAGCAAAGAACCGAAGGAAGGCGGCCCCUAAUAAAGCCUCCAUCAUUUUUGUGGACAGAACAAUGGAUAUUACAGGAGCUGUUGGUCACCAUGGAGACAACCUGGUGGAGAAGAUUCUGAGUGUGCUUAAACCUUUACCUGGUCAUGUGACAGACGUACAGGUGGACAUGUUGGAGCUCACAAGUCUGCAGCGAACCCCUCACUCCCAGAACACCCUGGCCCCCGGCUGCCUCGCACAGACCCAGUCACCAGCAGCUCAGACUCUGUGGGAAGCCAUGCUGACCAAUAAACAUAAAGAGGGGGUGAUGGAGGUCCGUCGGCAACUAGUGGAAACAGCCAGCAAAGAGAAGCUGCCAAUCAAGAUGAGCAUGGGCCGUGUGACCCCCGAGCAGCUGUGCUCCUACAUGCAGCUGUUCAAGAGUAGUUGGGGGGCGCUAGAGAGUCACUGCGGGGUGCUCCAGCUGGGCCUGGCCACGGCCCAGACCCUCCGCCACCCCGGCUUGCCCCGCUGGGAUGCCUGCCUGGCCUUUGAGAGGCUGCUGCUGCAGGCUCUUGGAGACUCUGACUUCCCUGCUGUGCUGAGGCAGCUGCUGCCCUUGAUGAAGCCCCGUGGAAGCGAGGACAGCACGACCUCCGGUUCGAGGUCCGGGGAGGAUGAAAGUGGGCCCGAUGAGAUGAUCCUGCUGCUGGUCUACCUGUACUCCCUGGCUGACGAGGCGCAGCCUGCAGACCAGGACACAGAGAAGGAGGAGGAAGUGGAGAAGCUGGAGAGGGAGCUGAUGGGAGUGCUCACCCUGGUCCUCACCCGAGAGAUCGAGCUCAGCCCCUUGGUCCAGAAACUCACCGUCAUUGCUGGUUUAGCUGAGCUGGUAGACGUGUGGUAG